ACACACGACCCUUCUUCUUCACUCCAUCACUAAUUUCUCACUCCCCCCCCAACUCUUCCUCUUUAAAUUCAUUCACACCUUUCCUUCUUUGUCAUUUCAAGACAAAAACAAACAUUAACACUUUAAAUUUGGUUUUAUUUUUUUUACUUGUGACCAUUGAUUUUUUUGGGACGAGGGAGUAAAAAAAAAAAAAAGAAAGAAAAUAUGCAUCAUUUACAGAUUAAAAGCAAUCUUGUAGAUUCGUGUUCGAGUAACUCCAAGUUUAGCAACAAAGGACAACCUCAUUGUCCCAAGCCUCGUCGACCUGGACCUUCUGUUCCUGAGUUUCUCAUGCCCUUUAGAUGUUCCAAACAUAGUCAAACAAAAAGUAAUCCAAGAUUAGAGAUUCUGAACAUGAUUGCAGAUAAGACAAUCGAAGGAAUAGAAUCUACAUGCAGUGGAACUGGAUGCUCACCCUCGUGUUAUUCAGGUUCUCCACCAAAUAGAACACAUAAUCCUUUAAUACACGAUGUCCAAUUUCUUCAUCAAAUGGAGCUUCUCUCUCCCUUUCCCACAACCAAGCUUUCCGCUCCCUCUCCCUAUCCCAUUUGAUAAUUACCUAAUCUCUCUCAUCAAUUUUCCACAUACCCUAACCAAAAUUUUCUAAUUUUGAUAAUUGGCACCAAUUUUUCUUCUCAUCUGAGUUGU